GCCGAGCCGGCGCGUGCGCAGUGUCGUUGGUGCGGCGCACGCGCAGUAGCCGUCCCGUGCGCCUCGCAGUGAGCGGAGUCAUGAUGGCGGCGGACAGGCCGUGCUAAUGAGACAGCGAAAUAACCGCCGCGGAAAUAGACACCAGAUCAGCGGACACACACAGACACUGAACACACGGUAGACGCAGCGGAGGCUCCCUCCUCCUCUCAGCGGGCAGAGCCAGCGGCCGGUGUGGAAGGACAGGACAAGGGAGAGAGAGAGAGAGAGAGAGAGCGGCGCCACCCCUACUACUGAACAGCUGCAGUGGAGUUUUUCCAGGCCCGAGCUCGGGGACACCGGAGAACACGGAGCAGUGACGGAGUGGGAAGGACGCAGCCAGCAGCCGCCAUGCAGAUCACCCUGAAAACCCUGCAGCAGCAGACCUUCAAGAUCGACAUUGACUGCGAGGAGACAGUAAGAGGCUGAUACGGGCCGGGGGGUGGCGGUACACCGAGAAGAUACUCAUUUCGAGUGAGAUAAAUGUAACCGUGAAAGGGCAUUGACACAGCCGGUGUUUGACCUUCCCCCCCACCUCAAAACCUCCACCUAUAACGGCUACAGAAUGCCGGCAGCACGAGGGUUAACUGUGCGCGGAGAGGGGGCGUGGCGAGCUCGUGCGCGUCGGCCAGAUCCUGGCAUGCCGUGCGCGAAUCACAUGUGAUUGGCUGGCUGCCUGAGGCGGCGCCGCCGUGGGAGAGAGGUCGCGCGCAUCUCCUCGUGUUGCUGCGGUUGUGCAUGUUAGCAGUUCACCUGGGUUCUAUUAUACAAGUUACUGAGGAGAUUAGAACCGUGUCUAAAAUGGUCACUGUAGGCACCAAAACAACUUUAGCUAAGUGAAGGAGUUUUGGUGUAUAGAUCCUGCUCCUACAGUCUCACUGCUCAAAUAUCUGCCAUUUAGGAGUUAAAUCAUUUUGUUUAUACAGCCCUAGUCGCACCUCCUGCAUGUGACUUAAAUAGCCCUAAGUGUGUUUUUAUAGAACACAGAAUGUUCCCCUUUAUGUUAAUUACACAUUUUUGUAUGCAAUAUAUGAUGUGCUGUCAUUGGCCAUCUUUCAUCAGGAGGAUGUUGGCUGUCCUUAUUGCAGCUCCAUGGCCUACUAAUGGUUUACAGUAAUCACAACAUAGUUAUAUAUGUUACAUUUAAUAUAAUCAAACUACAGGAACUUUAACUGGCAAUGCCUGACAUUACAGAUUGAAGAUGACUGAUUUGAGACUGUAGGUGACAAUCAGAAAUGGCUAGUUUUUUUUUUUUUAAUCAAUUCUAGUGAGCGUUUUGCUGGAUUACAUUUAUCUGGUAUUGUGUUAAAUAUUGGGAUAAUACUGUAGAAGUUGUAGUUAAUCUUUAAAUUGAUAUAAAUUAUGUAAGGAAUAUUUAAUAUGGUGACCCAUUCAAUUAUUUAAAAACUCUGUAACCAUCUCUCAUUGGGAUUUAACAUGCAGUAAAUUAUAUACAACACUUUAUUUAGACUCUUUAGUGUCCAAAAGUAGUUAUCCUUACACCAGGGUAUUCAUUGCUGCUAUAGUACAUAAUGCAUUGUUGGCAGUUACCUUUAGCUCAACUAAUGUAUUUGUGUUAACCAUUUGGGAUCCAAUACAAUGGGGUAAAUCCUAUUUUAGGAUUCAGAGCCAGGGGUAAAAGCCUGUUGCUUGUUUGGUUUUUCAAAAGGAUAUAUUCUUUAUGAAAACAAUCAAGGACUGGAAAAAUUCCCAUGCAUUGAAAGGAUAUAUGUGAGACAAAUGUGGGCAGAGCUUCUGCCAGCACAUCCUACCAACUUUCAUCAUCAAUGUGCAGUAGAUGCCUGUGGCAUACAUAUUGUGCAAACACAAGAUUAUUUAUGGAAGAUUUCAUAUUUUUACAAUGUCUCCCAUAGACCUUUUAUGUACUCUUUUAGAAAACUGCCAUUUUUACAUUGCAUAGUCAAAACCACCUUUUUGUGACCUAGAUGCUGGAAAUGGCUGAGAAACUGAUUCUAUUUUUUUUAUAUAUUUUUGUCAAAACGUGGGGAGGGGGGACUACUGUACAUAGGGACAGGCACCCUGUAGCAUUAGUAAUACAGGUUUGAUUUUCGAACGCUAUAAUGUUCCUUUAACCAGUAUUUUAUAGUACUGCUGCUUAGAUGACUGUGUAAAAGCACAUGCAAAAUGUACAACUUGUUGUCCUGCGUUGAAAAAAUAGUAGCUCCCUCUGCUUUAAUAGUAGGGAAUUUUCUUUUAUAUACAUUUCAAGUUAAAUAUACAAACAUCAAAUUCUGAAGUUAUACAGCAUGCUUCAUUAUUAACUAUAUCAUAUUUGUUCUUGCGAAAAUGAUUUCAAGAUACUUACUUUGCUGCAUUUUUACCCCAGUAACUACAUGAGUUAAAGCAGGACUCCACAAAUCCCAAUGUGGGUGGCGAGAGCUGUAAUUUUCUUGCUCUGCUCCCUUGUGUGCCUUGCAGUUAUGCCAGAAGCAUGAUAUGACCUGACAUCGCUAAACGGCGCAAAGGAGCAGAGCAAGAAGAGCUUGAAGAUUGCAGGAUCACAGCAGCCACACUGGACCCACUAGAAAGGAUCCAUUCCAGCUAUCCCAGCAAGGUGGGGAGGCUGGGUUGACUUAAUUAAAAAAAAAUAUAAAAAACGUAAUUUGUGAGUGUUUUUGUCUCUGUGUGUGACCACCCCUUCCUCCGUUUGCAUUGGAAAGUCACCCAUAUAGGCUAGAAAAUCCAAUUGUCUGUGGUUUCAAACUUGUAUAAUAAACAUGUAUAACAUUGUGGUAUAUGCAGGUAUCCAUAUAGGUAGUCAUGGAAUUAAGUGAGAUAAAGAGAAAUGUGACAUGCAGGUCUUUUUUUUUUUUCCUUAAGUGGUCUAGUUUUCAUAAAAUACAUAAGGUAAAAAAAAGUUUCCUAGCUCUGACAAAUCUUGACAAAAGGCAGAGCUGUUGCCAACAAGUUUUGUCAUUCCUCCCAGCUGUCACUAGUGCCUUUACUAGUGACAGCUGUAAAGAAAGAUAUAGCCCUCUUUGUAUUUUCACGGGUUCAAGGCAGAUGAAGUACCAGGAGCUGAAGGGGACCUGUAGGAAGACCAUGGUGGCCACUACGAGAAACAGAUUCAGGUAAGUAAAAUUCACUACCCCUGCAUUCCGUGGACCAGUCACAAUUGUGGAUCUAUGCAAAAUAUGCAAGAUCCAGGAUAAAGGAAGAAAAAAAAAUGACAGGUCCACUCAGGACUUAACAAAUUUGCUGUGCGUCUAGGAGCCAGCUUAAAAAAGUUAGGAGACAGUUUUUGUUUUUCUUCAAGUUACAUAGCUUUAUUUUCAACGAUAAAAAUACAAUUCUUAUAGAGACACUAUAGUCACCAGGACCCUACAGCUUAAUGUAGAGGUUCUGGUGUCUAUAGCCUGUCUCUACAGGCCUUUUAAUAUAAACACUGCAUUUUCAUAGAAAAGCCAGUGUUUACAUUUCUUCUUAGUGACACCUGUAGUGACUGUCACUCAGACUGCCUGUAGUGGUGCUUCCUGUGUGCAGCACCUAUCUUCAGAGUCUCCACGCUCUGCAUGGAGGCGCUGAAGUUCUCCAUAAAGAUGCUUUAAUUAUAUGAGAUGCUUAUCGGUGCAGCGCAUUCGCAAUAGCCUCCCAGUACUUUCCUAUGUGAAAACAUUGGAUUGGCUGAGAUCAUCAAGCUUGAUAAUCUCAGCCAUAGUGGCGGGGAAGGUGAGUAAAAACACCAUACCGCUGCGAACUGAGGGGGGUUGGUCACCUAAACACACAGACACCAUGACUGACAGGCAGACAAACAUACACGCACCAUGACAAACUGACACAGACAUACACAUUAUGUUUUAAUAAAAUCUGGUUACCCUGGUGGACUGAAGGCGGAAGCAUGCUGAGGGGUGUUGGAGGCGAACGGCAGGUUUCUCGUACCGAGGGAGCUGAGCAGGGACGUAACUCAGCGGCAUACGAGGGAGCAGAGCAGGGACCCCACAGCCUGCCGUCUGCCUCCUAAAUAACGAGCCACAUAUCCCAGACGCCAAGGCAAAUUUCCUAGGUGCCAUGGGGCCUGGGUUUUGUUGAGCCCUGUGUCCACUUUAAGAUUCUUCAUGCGAGUACAAGGUCCUUAGAGCUCAUUUUGGCCUGUAAGAACCUCUGAUCUUCUCUUACUGGCAGUGAGAUGCGUUCUUGACUCCAUGCCCUUGUCACUCAUGUGGGGUGGGGGGGCAUUUGCUGUGGAAUUUUGACUCCUGGCGUUGAGUAGUGUAAUGUGCUAACUGGGUAUAUACAGUGUGUGUGUGAAUCUACACUGAUCAGCCACAACAUUAAAACCUGUGACAAGUGAAGUGAAUAACAUUGAUUAUAUCAUUACAAUGGCAUCUGUUGAGAGGUGAGAUUUAAUGGGCAGUAAGUAAACAGCCAGCUCUUGAAUUUCAUGUGUUGGAAGCGGGGAAAAUGAGCAAGCGAAAAGUUCUGAGUGACUUUGACAUGGGCGAAAGACUGAUGGCUAGAGGACUGGGUCAAAGCAUUUUCAAAAUGGCAUGUUUUUGGGGUGCUCCUGGUAUGCAGGGGUUAGUACCUUUCAAAAGUGGUGCAAGGAAAGACCACCAGUUAACCGGCGUCAGGGACAUGGGCACCUAAGUCUCAUUGAUGCAUGUGCAGAGUGAAGGCUAGCCUGUCUGGUCCCAUUUAGAGAAAAACUACUGUAGUUCAGAUUCUGAAAAACCUAUUGCUGGGCAUGGAAGAAAGGUGUCAGAACACGGUGCAUCACAGUUUGCUUUGUUGCCGCAGAAUGGUCAGAGUGCUCGUGAUGACCCCUGUCCACCACUGAAAACUCCUUUAGUGGGAAUGUGAGUGUCAGAACUGGAACAUGGAUCAGUAGAAAGAGGUUGCCUGGUGUGAUGAAUCACAUUUUCUUUUAGAUCUGCUGGAUGGCCAGGUGCAUGUGCAUUGUUUACCUGGGGGAAAGAGAAGUCGGCAGCAUGCACUAUCGGAAAAAGGCAGACUGGCAGAGUUAGUUUUAUUCUCUGGGCAAUGUUCUGCUGGAAAACCUUCGGUCCUGUCAUUCAUGUGGAUGUUACCUUGACAUGACCACAUACCUAGAGCUUGCUGCUGACUACCUACCCUUCUUGGCAAUGGUGUUUCCUGGAAGCUGUGGCGUCUUUCAGCAGGAUAAUGCACCCUGCCACACUUCAAAAACGUGUGAGAGAAUGUUCUUGUGUCAAAUCAGUGUGUGCCUCUGAUUGCAGGUAAACGUGUUUUUACUCACAUUUUUCCCCACACCAUGUUGCUCUCUCUGCUCCUGACCCUGCCUCCGUGGCUGAGAUAAUCCAUCUUGAUGAUCUCAGGCAUGCCACUGCUUUUCCAUAAAAAAGCAUUGAGAGGCUAUUGCGCAUUCAUUGAAUCAAUCAACCCUGUGGUGAACUUCCAGAGAUACUGCAGCACUGGACUAAAAAGCACCUUUUGUGGCCGUUUGAGUGAAUGUCACUUGAGAUGUUACUAGUCAGCAAUGUAAACACUAGCUUUUCAGACUGCCUUUACAUUGAAAAGCCUGCAGGGACAGGCUAUAGACACUAGAAAGUGUUCUAGUCAUUAUAGUGUCCCUUUAAGAAUUUCAUUUUUCUUGUUGAAAAUAAGGCUUUGUUAGUUUAACCCCUUAAGGACCAAACUUCUGGAAUAAAAGGGAAUCAUGACAUGUCACGUGUUUCCCCACGUGGAGCCCGGCAGUGUAGUGCAGAGCAUCAGAAGCCAUCCGGCAGGCUUCCGAUGCUCUGCCUGUAUGCUGAGUGCCUCGAGGAGGAUCACAUUGUGUGUUUGGUGUAUGUAUCUGUGGGGCUGCUUGUGGGAUUGUGUGCUUGUAUGUGGAUUGUCAGUGAUGUGUUUGUUUGGACUGUGUGUGUGUGUUUGUAUGUGGACUGUUUGAAUUAUUUGUAUGAAGGGGAGGCUUAUUUUGCAGCUCUAUGUGUAUUUAGCAGUGUGAGUGGCUUCCAUGGGGUCCAGUUAGGACCAGGCUGACAAGUGACCAGGUACAGGUCAAGGGCAAAAGCUGCGAUAUCUGCUGUGGGCUGCUUUACUCCAGGGUGUAUUCCAGUUCAUAAGUGCUUAGAGGAAGUGAUCUGAGAUCACUUCCUCUAAAUGCUGCAGUGGAUAAAUUGUAGAUUGAGCAUCACCUCCCUUUUGCAUUAGCAGAUAUCUGAAGUUCCACUGGGACUCCUGAUGGGCCAGAGCCUGUUUGAUUCUAGCAAUCUCAAGUGCCAUACAAAGGCACCUCGAGUACCAUGCAUGGCACACGUGCCAUAGGUCCCUACCCCUGGCCUAGACAGUGUCCCCUCUGCAAAUUAUGACCCCCAGGGGCCAUGUGACCACUAUAAAAGAGUGGUCACAUGGCCGCAAUAGGCGUCCGUAUAGUGCUGCCAGCAGGGGGACUGCCUGAACUGAAGUUUUAGAAUAAAAAUUUUAUUAAAAAAAUAAUAAUAAUAAAAUAUAUAUAUAUGUGUAUUUUUUUUUUUUUAUAUAUAUAUAUAUAUAUAUAUAUAUAUAUAUAUAUAAUACACAAGAUCCAGCGCACUCACCUAUCCACUAAACAGCAACUUCAAUGUUGAAAGAUUUUAUUUGUUUUUUUUUAAAAACACCUAAUCUAGGCAAAAAUAAUGGGGGUUUAGUUACAUUAUAUGAUCAUACAGUGCAUAAGCCUGCCACAACGUCAAUGUACCCCCUCUUGUUUUAUAUAUAUAUGCAUAUAGUAAUCUAAAAAUACAUGUAGAGUAAAAUUACACGUGUGUGUGUGUGUGUAUAUAUAUAUAUAUAUAUAUAUAUAUAUAUAUAUAUAUAUAUAUAUAUAUAUAUAUGUAUGUAAACAUAAAUUUUAAAAAGUAAAAAAAAUUAUAUAUAUGUAAUUUUAUUGUAACUAUAUUUUGAUAUAAAAAAAUAUAUAUAUAUAUAUAUAUAUCUCAAAAUACACUUAGAAUUAAUAUAUAUAUAUAUAUAUAUAUAUAUUUAUAUAUCUGUGUGUGUGUGUGUAUAUAUAUAUGUGUCCAUGUACAUAUCAUAAAUAUACAUGUAGAUUUCAAAUAAAUAAAUAUGUAUAUAUAUUUAAAUUCUACGUGCUUAUUUAUGUAAUAUUUUUGCAUAAUUAAUUUUAUUAAUUGCAAUUUGGGGGACCUGCCUGACAACCCAGGCCAAAAGUCCAGAUCAUUUAAUUUGCUAGUACUAUAUGUAACCCUGUUACUUUCCAAGAGACCCUAAAACCUGUACAUGGGCGGUACUGUUUUCUCAGGAGACUUCUCUGAACACAAAUAUUAGUGUUUCAAACCAGUAAAACAUAUCACAGCGUUAUUAUUGUCAGUGAAAGUGAAGUUUUUUGCAUUUUUCACACACAAACGGCACUUUCACUGAUGAUAUUAUUGUUGUGAUGUCUUUGGAAGUUACAGGGUCAAAUAAAAAGCCUUUUUUCCACAUUUAAAUUUUCCAGAUUGGUUAUGUUGUCUUUGAGAGUGUAUUGUAGCCCAGGAAAGGUAUUGCAAAAAGCAUAUGUUCAGUCUUUUUUAGUAGCCACUUAGUCACAAAUACUGGCCAAAGUUAGUGUUCAUAAUCGUUUUUUGCAUUUUUAACACACAAAAAUAUGCUAACUUUGGCCAAUGUUUGUGACUACUAAAUAAGACAGGACAUACCCCAUAUUGAAUACCCUGGCUUUUCUACUUUUCAAAAAUAUAUGGUUUGAUGGGGGUAAAUUACAUUGGUUGAUUCCAUAAAUGUCCCAAAUAGGACAUGGGUGCAUGAUGACCAGUUGUGAAAAUUCCAAGUUGCAAAACUGGAAUGCGCACCCUCCAAAUAAGGUCUUUUAGUCCCCAGAGAACCCAACACACCUAUACAUGGGUGGUAUCACUGUACUCAGAUGUUGCUGAACACAUAUUGGGGUGUUCUUUGGCAGUAACCCUUAAAGUUCUCCGUACAUGUAUUCUUAAAUUGCUAUGUGUGUCAAAAAAAUCACUAAUUAUUUAUUUUUUAUUUUUUUCAAUUUGGCAUAGAUUGGUGGUAAAAUGGUUGCACAAAAAUAGUCAAAAUACCCCAAGUUUAAUACCUUAGGUUGUCUUCUUUUAGAAAAUACGUACAUGUGAAGGGUUAUGCAGGGAUUCCAGACAGAUAUCAUUGUUACAUUUUUAAAACAAAAUGGUUUGGAAAUAGCAAAGUUCUAAUUGUACUUAUAGCCCUAUAACUUUCCAAAAAAAGAACAUUUUUAACAUUGGGUAUUUCUAAACUCAGGACCAAAUUUAGAAACUAUUUAGCACGGUUGUAGACCACGGUUGGCGGUUGUAGAUGCAUAACAGAUUUUGGGGGUCAAAGUUUGAAAAGGUGUGUGUGUGGUGUGUGGUUUUUUUUUCCCAUCAUAUUUUAUAGUAAAUUAUAUGAUAUGAUGAAAAUAAUGGUAUCUUUAGAAAGAUCAUUUAAUGGCAAGAAAAACUGUAUAUAAUAUGUGUGAGUACAGUAGAAACACAGCAGAAAUGUAAAAACAGCCCUGGUCACAAACAGUAAAAAAAUUGAGAAGCAGUCUAGUCACUAAGGAAUUAAAGGGAUUCUUUAGUGUCAGGAAUACAAAUCUGUAUUCCUAACACUCUAGUGUCUUCUGGUCCUCCCUCACCCCCUUCUCCCGUUGCGUGUAUAUAACCUCUUUAUUACUUGCCCGAUUCCAGCACAGAUGUCCAUCGACACAAACUGGUGCACUGCCUCCUUCAAUGUCACCUGAUAGGGGGACGUAAUGCACAUGUUAUGAUCAUAGCACCGGAAAAUGUGCCUCCAUCUCCCCUCCCUGCUCUGCAGGACCGCAGAGUACUGCUGACAGCCGGCAGGGAAGAAAGAGAGAGAGUGAGAGGACCCAGGGGAGCUCUAACCUGCAGCUCUGCCGGGUUCUCCUCUCGCGAGCUUGGAGCAUGGUAUAAUGCUUUCCUAUAGGGAAAAUCCUUAUGCGAGGGCAGCCAUUGCUUUUUAAUACUGUAUAAUCCAAGAUACAGAGAAGAAAAGUAGAAAUAUUCACUUAAAUUUUUAAUCGCAGCCACCUCCUUCCUUUUUUUUUCUUUCUGGUCUUCAGAAGUCUGGUGGCUUCAUCUGCCAGUAUCCAUAAACUGUAUUGUAAUCUCAUGCAUACAUAGCAGAUAAAAACAAGUAUGUAUACCUAAAAUUGUUUUGCAUUGGUAUUUGACAUACUAUAGGCAUCUUUUGCAUAUCAUGCGCAAAAAUGCCUGGUCCUAUCAGUCAUUGGUUAACUGGAAAUAUAAAUGCGGUGGUGGAACUGAUUGUGUUAAGGUCAAAAAUGUUUUUGGGCAAAACAUCAAAGUAGUAAUUUCUUAUAUUUUCUGAUUGGAAUUCUAGUGCAGUCUUUGACUAUAUGAAAAACUCGACUGACAGUCUUCCUUUUUUAAUGGACCCUUGCAGCGUUUUUACCUCCAUUUUGUUUUUGUUUUUUUGCUCUUUUGGCACAUAUGGCAUUGCAUUCCAUGUUUCUCCCUUUUUUUGUGUGUGGCAAUUUAGCGGUCACUCUAAAGUAAUCUGCAUACUGUAUAGAGUUAGUAGGUAUAGGUUAUUUCGUAAAGACCAUAAAUCUUUGGUCACUGAUUGUGGUAAAGGUUUUAAAGCCAUGGGGCCAAUACCUCUCUCUUACCCAAAUGAUGACCAUUAUAUUGAAGAGAUAUGUGACAUGGCAAACCUGGAUGUGUCAUAUCAUAUGCUUACAACUGAUGUUUGUGCAUUCCACAAGCAUUUUCAUGUGAUUAUAAGUCCCUUCUUUUGGUUUGGAAACACCAGUCGUGAUUUCUUAUAUUGUAACCCAAGGAAAUUGUGUGUAAAGGUGUUUUUUAUUUAUAAUUAUGUUUUUAUAUAGUUUUGUUUAAAUGAGUGAUUUAGAUGGUGUAUCAUAUAUAAAUAUAUUUAUUUUUUAGGUCAAGGCAUUAAAAGAGAAGAUUGAACAGGAAAAAGGAAAGGAUGCAUUUCCAGUUGUAGGCCAAAAGUUAAUUUAUGCAGGUAAAUACAUUCUGUCAAUUUAAUUAAAUGUGUGUGACUUUCUGCCAUGUUUUAUACAUUGUUUUGAGAUUGUAUAUUUAGCUUUAACUCCUUAAGGACCAAGCUUCAUUUGUCUGCAUUUCACUAAAGGACCACAGCUAUCUUUGCUGUGUUGUGUCCAACCGUGAUUUCCUUCUUUCUGAUUUAUUGCACUAAGCCCUAUAAUAUAGUGUUGUUUUUUUUUUUUAAUGCAAAAAAAAGCUUAUAUUUGAUGUCCUAUUCAUCUAUAAAUUCUCAUUUAUUUUAAAUGAAUAAACAAAAGUGGGGUGGAGACAUUUUAUUCAUGGUUUGGCAGUAAUAAUUUUGCAUAUAUAUAUAGUGUACCUUAAGAUAAGUAAUUCCAAAUUAAUUUUUUUUGUCCUGAUUUACAGAGUACACCAUAUGUUCGGGAUUUAAGUUUAUUUUUGAUAGUUACAAGUAUCAAAAAAACAAGGAGCAAAAUAAAAUUUCAGUGUGGAGCCAUUUUAGUAUUUGGUAUGUUUGGUAUGUCAAGUAAGCUUACAUAGCAUCACACAAAACAAAAUUUCUACCCAAAAGUAUAUAUUUAUAUAACGUAGACAUCACAGGCUUUUUUGAUACUUAUUAUGUAGUAGAUAUUUUAUUUAUUUUUUUCAGCUUUGAACAUAAUCAUAUAACAAGUGUUUAGAUUUUUGAGUAUUUUGUAAACCCGAUUUGUGCUACUACUAUAUAAAACCCUCAAAUUGUGUUCUAUUACAUUGUCUGAUUAUGAUACCCCCAAUGUAUGUCUUUGCCACCCUGUGAAGCUACAGUGCCAUAUAAGAGACCUUGUCAUUUCAAUAAAUAACGUUUGAAUUUUUAUAGAUGGAUGUGAUGGUCCUAUGUCUCAUUGUGGGGCAAUGCAGCAGUUUGACUGUUCAAAAUAUCCUUCAAAGGUUUACCACUUGUGAAAGUAGACACUCCAGAGUAUCUCAUAUGAUGUAUAUUGUGUCUUGGUGUGCGCACAUUUUUUCACCAGUUUGUGAUCAUUUUUAACAUACUCAUUACAAUAUAACUGGCCAUUUCUCAAAUCGCGAGUUAUGUUUCUAGCCUACAAGCAGCUUUACUUGUUAAGCUAGCUUAAUUGUUAAGCUUUACAUUAAGCUAGCCAAGUAUUUUUAGAUAUCGUUAAAAUUAAAUUAUUUUCUUGUUACCAGCUCGGAACUGGCUGGUUUGUAAAUGCUAAGAAGCUUCCUCACUUUGUGUCAGUCCUGUUGCAGCUUCUUGCCACGUGUCCGAAAAUGAGUGAUUUUUGUCAAUUACAUGUGCAAAAAAGUGGAUGACUAAAUGAUGCAUACCAACACCACAAUGCCCACACAAUACAACAUCGUUCAUACACAGGCCACUUUCACAGACAUAGCAUGAUACACAGUUCACAUACAUACAUAAUACACACAAACUGCUCGCUUACAUACGCACAAAUCUUAAAAAGCAUUCAUACAUAAAAUAAGAAUACAGCAACAUAGACGUUAAUCUGAACAAAAAAAUAAAGAAAAGCUGGCACACCAAGUGAUUUUAAAGUUUUUGUCACUGUGCUGUUAAAAGGUUGCCUAGCACAACAUGCAGAUUACAAAUUAAACAAUUGGCAAAUAAAGGUUGAAUAGUAGUUUUAAGUGACAGAAUCCCUUGCUAUCCCCUUCACUACCCAGCACAUUUUGAUUUCAGAAAUAUUAGCAUAACAUUUACUUGAAGAGUGGCGUGCAUAGUUACCAAUUAGACAUAUCGUAACACCGCAAUUGUGUUUAUAAAUUGCUUAGUUGAAAAACUUAAAAGUUAAAGGUAUGUAAUUGUAUGCGUUUUUUCACUUAUUUUUUCAUUCUUGAUAAAAAUAUUUUGGAAAUUAAAAACUUUACAUUUCAGUAUUUCACACAGGGUCUGAAAUUUAGUAGCAGAAAUGUAAGUUGUCUCUCAAACAGUAAUUUCCUAGCAUAAUGUAUAGAUAAAAUAUUAAAGCUUAAUGAAGUGGUCUGGGUGCCAGGUCCAGAUAGGAUUAACCCUUUUUUUUUUUUUUUUUUAUAAACAUAGCAGUUUCAGAGAAACUGCUAUGUUUUGGUUAAUCCAGCCUCUAGUGGCUGUCUCAUUGACAGCCGCUAGAGGCUUUGCGUUUCUCACUGUGAAAAUCACAGUGAGAAGACGCCAGCGUCCAUAGGAAAGCAUUAUGAAUGCUUUCCUAUGAGACUGGCUGAAUGCGCGCGCAGCUCUUGCCGCGCAUGCGCAUUCAGCCGAGGAGGAGGAGAGCUCCCCGCCCGUCGCUGGAGAAAGAGGUAACCCCUUCCUCUCCAUCCCGCCCGGCGGGUGGGGGACCCUAAGAGUGGGGGCACCCUCAGGGCACUAUAGUGCCAGGAAAACGAGUAUGUUUUCCUGGCACUAUAGUGGUCCUUUAAGCUUAAAGGGGCACUAUAGUCACCAAAACAACUUUUGCUUAAUGAAGCAGUUUUUGUGUAUAGAUCAUGGCUCUCAAUUCUCUGCCAAUUAGGGUUUAAAUAGCUUUUGUUUCUGUUUAUACAGCCCUGGCUAUUACCGACACAGCCUGUAUGAAAACAAAAUGGUUCCAUUUUCAAUCAGAUGUUACUUAAUUUAAAAGUUUUAUCUCCUGAUAUGUAAUUUGAACUUGAAUUACAUACAUGAGUCUCCUGCAAGGUCUAGCAAGCUAUUAACAGAGCAAGAGUUAAGGAAUUCUAAAUGAAACAGAAUUUGAAAUAAAGGAAGUAUAAACAUUAGAUGACUUUACAGGAACUGUUUUUGAAGACUGUGUAAGUCUCAUACAGAAAGGUGUGCAUGAUCAAAAUGAAUUAACUCCUAAAUGGCAGUGGAUUGAGCAAUUAGACUGCAGGAGGAUGCUCUAUACACCAAAACUGCUCUAUUAAGCUAAAGUUGUUUUGGUGACUAUAGUGUCCCUUUAAUAUUAUGAGUAUAAGUUUGUUUGGGGCAUGACAGGUGCCCUUUAAAACAGGGUUUCUCCUCAAUUGUCAGUCAGUUCUCAGCUUAGAUAUCUAUGAUAACGGGAGAGCAUGUAAUAUUGUUGCCGCAGUAACUGCUCUAACAAGCUCAGUUCAUAGUAAAACGUUCUUAUUGAAUUGUUGUCUCCUUAGGCCACGUUGUUUUUGUUUUUUUUGUGUGCAUUAUUAAUUGCCAAAAUGUAACUAACUUUUUAUGAUAACUUUGCAGGUAAAAUUCUAAAUGAUGAAACAGCCCUCAAAGAAUACAAAAUCGAUGAGAAGAACUUUGUAGUGGUUAUGGUGACAAAAGUGAGUUUCUGUUGUUUAACAGUAUUUCCAUAGUUGAGUUUACUCUUUAAAUACUUAUACACUCAAUACACAUCAUUUAGAGUUUAUUUUAUUUCAAAAUCCAUUUCGAUGUUUCAUAAGUGUUUAGAACCAGUUUUACUUGGCUUUAUUCACAGAGCAGACAAUCUAGGAAACUGUGGUGCAAGGUGAAUAUACGAGUCAGUAGGAAAUGUCUGGAGUUAUUUUUAGUUAAGAUGUAUUAAAAUACAAAUCUAAAAAUUGUCUCUGAUGUAAUGCUUAUGCAAAACACAUGCAUAGGUGUGGGUUGUUUUCCUUGGAACAACUGUGGUAGCCCAAUCUGUGUCCUGACACACACAAUUGUCUGCAUUUGUGUGUGUCCUGAAACACAAAUGCAUGAGUGUAUUUGUAUGCAAUAUCUGUGUGUGUAAAUGCAGAGGUGUAAUUGAGGUGAGGCUGAGAGUGUGUGUGUGAUUGGCUGGUCUUUUGAAAGUAUAUUUGCAUGCCCAUUCUAUUUCCUAGUUAAUAAGUCUUCUUCAUCGCCUGUAGCAUAUUCCCCAUUUCCACAUCCUCCCAUAGCCAGAAGUCAAUUAUCCACCCUCUCCCACAGACCUCCUAUAUUCAUGCCCGCCCGCCCACCCUCAUAGUCAGUAAGCUCAACUUCCCACAACGAGUUUUUAUACUCCCACUAAUAGCCAAUAAGCCUACUCCCACCCCCACAUGACCAGCAAGCCCAGUUACGUUCCCUGAUACCUGCAGAGUCCACAGCAGGAUUCAGCAAAGUUCUGUUCAUCUCUCAAGCCACACAGAGCUUCAAUGUGUGUGUGUGUGUGUCUAGUCCUCCCUGCUGAAAAUGAUCGCGGCAUAAGCACCUGUGAACCCAGUGCCAAUGUUGUGAUCUACUUGUCCAUAGCAGAGCUAAUAAUCAAAAUAACUUCCUUCAUGGGGCACAGAUCAUCAUGUAACCGUGGCUGGUUCCCUUAUUUACCACUAUAAUGUCUUAAAGCAUAGAACUUAGUAGGGCUAACCGUACAGAUAUCUUGGCCAUAAUUUUAUAUAGUUAGUGUAAGAGAUCCUCUAUUUAACAUAAAUAAUUGAGAAUACAAUAUAAAAUAAGGAUUGUCUUGGAAGCAAUAAAGUUUUUGUCUUUUUGGAUAUUUAUUAUAUAAAUAUAGACAUAUAAAAUCCAUUAUAGCAGAGUUUAUAAGAUUAAACUAAAUGCUUGCAAAUAGCAGUAAUAGGUUAACAUGUCAUCAUGUCAGCCUCUCUGUCAUUUUAAGAUGGAGCAGCGUCUGUCUCUAAGUCUCUCCUCUGUGUCUUAACAUUUAAAAGUACACCUAUUUAUACCUUAGGUGUCUCCAUUUUAGGGUUACCGUAGUUCAUAUAUGAAAAAGUAACACUUCUUUUACUUUAUUCAUUUUAGGACCUCCCUUAAUUUGGCAGACAUACAAGGCCAUUACUAAAGGGUGCAUAUGUCAGGGAAAUUUUCCUGACUUAGUUCAAGAUGGCAUCUUAAAGUCUGGACAUCCUUAUCUACUAAGGUUACUACAGUAUAUUACGUACUGAAAGAGUCGUGAAGCUUCUUUAUGCAUUAUUGUUAUUGUAAUUCGUCUGGGACAAAAUGGUGCAAACAUAUUAUGCACUGAGGUUAUUGCUUAAAGAAACAGUUAUGAAAAACAAUACGUUCCAUUUCUAACACUUUGUCAGUUUGCAAUAUCUCUUAAAGACAAAGUACACAGUUUAAGCAAUACAACAUUUCAUUCUAAAUCUUGUAAUAUUUGCACUUGCCCAUAACAAUCAUGUCUCGUGCAUUCGUAGAUAGGAAUUACACGUGACAUGUAGGUUAAGCAUUGUGUACACUGUGAUAUAAUGUGUACUUAUUUGUUGCACUCGUGUGCAAUUUAGACGUAAUGUUUGUUAAUUGAAAAAAUGGAUAUUAAAGCUCCAUCAGCCACUAUAAAAAGAUUAAGAGAAUUAAAGGAACACUUAAUGCAAUAUGACAACUUUAUCUUAUAGAAGGUUUUAUAGUGCCAUAAAUAUGCCCCUUUUGCCAAAGUGUUUCUUUAAUAGUUCUGACAUAUGUGAUUAAAGGAACUCUUCAAGUACCAUGACAACUAGAGCACUGUCUUUAUUUAAUCAUAACUAGUCAGGCCGGUUAUAGGCGUUCCAGUUAGCCCCUCCUGACCUGUUUGAUCUCUCUCAGCCAAUGAGCUAAGCCAAAAAGUGUCUUGCUCCCCUAUGCUCUAUUAGUAAAUAACACUGGCAAUGUUUUUAUAGUGCCAUCAUUUUAAAAUUAAUUUUAGUGAAUAACAUUGUGCAGAUUUUUUUAAAGUUCCUCAUUUAAAGGACCACUAUAGGCACCCAGAUCACAUCAGCUCAAUAAAGUGGUCUGGGUGCCAGGCCCCCCUAGUUUUAACCCUGCAGCUGAAUACAUAGCCGUUUCAGAAAAACUAUAUUUUUCACUGAGGGUUAAUCCAGCCUCUACUGGCUGUCUCACUGACAGCCGCUAGAGGCGCUUCCGCGAUUCUCAAUGUGAAAAUCACAGUGAGAAGACGCUGGGCGCCUAUAGGAAAGCUUUGAGUAAUACUUUCCUAUGGGCGGUUUGAAUGCGCGCGUGGCUCUUGCUGCACAUUCGGAUCUGACGUCGGCAGGGGGUGGAGAGUUCCCCAUCACAGAGGGAGCCUGGCGCUGGAGAAAGCUAAGUGGCUGAAAGGGGGCCCUGAGGGUGGGGGGGACCUAAUGACCCUAUAGUUCCAGGAAAACAAGUACCAACUCAGGAGACUGAAAAUUACACAUGAAUGUCUUCAGAACAACUUCAAAUAGGUUUUAUGACGUGCUCACAUAAAUCCCACAUACUUCACUUACUUUGUGACUUUUUGAAAGUUUAAAUUAACUAUUCAAGUAAGACAACUGUUCACUACAAAUGUUUGUGAACUAUUAUCUAGUAAAUUGUUUCCCUUUUUUUUUCUUCUUAUAUACUUCACUAUUUUGUACUACUCAUAUUCAGCUUUAGGUAAAUGCACACCUGGGACAUGUAGUUCCGGGCUCAAGCAGGAAGAUGUUUUUUUAAAAAAAAAAGAAAAAGUUUUUUACCUUGAGUCCUGCAGCAGGCAAGUGGCUAGGCUGCCUGGGGAGGACAGGUCUGUGGGAGCGUGAGGUUUGCAGUUGUGGCAGGCGCACACUUUAAGGCUCCCUUGUAGUUCCAGCAUGCUCUAGUGAGUCAGAGCGCAGCUGCUGCAAUUCCCAGCACGCACUCUGUUUCACUAAAUGCUGGACUAUGGUGGAGCGAUUAUUCAGAACUGCAGACCUUCACGUUCCAAUAGUGGAAGCACCAGGGGACCAGCCCUGGACAAACAGUGAUGUAGGAGUGGACCACCAGGACCCCUGCUAAAUGCCAUAAAGUGGAGGUCACAUACUACUUUUCAAAAUGAAGAACACAUAUCACACUGAAAUAAGCAAAUAAUAAAAUUAUUUGUUGAAGCCACAUAUGGCCCGGUUUGAGGUGAAAUGCACAACGUUUCAGCAGUAUAGGUCAUAAUCCUGUGCAGCCAAAAGGUUGUAUAUUUAACCGUGAACCGAGCCAAAUGUGGCUUCAAUAAAGGAUUUUACUAUGUGCUUAUCUUUGUGUUAGUUCUGUUCUUCAUUUUAAAAAGUAGUGUUACCCAUAUCCUGAGAUUGGGAGGCAAAGUAUGACUUUUUUACUUUUUUCUUUUGAAUUACCAUAUUUGGAAUAAUUAAAGUGACGCUAUAGGCACCCAGACCACUUCAUCUCAUGGAAGAGGUCUGGGUGCGGUGUCCCUGUCCCUCCUGAAAUGUAGUACUAAGACAGCCUCUAGUUCAAGAGUCUUUAAAAUAUUCUUGCUAAUUACUUGUUGCUCUCUUUUUAGCCAAAAGCAGCAGCUUGUCCUUCAGCACCAUCUCCGGCACCAUCUCAGCCGGCCAGCACUGUAACUGCACCUCCUGCAUCACCCCCUCGUACAUACACACCUAUUGCUCGAACCAAUGCCCCUGUAGCUCUACCCCUCCCUUUCCCUCUACCAACUAUUCCCCCACCACCUGAACUUGCCUCUGAGCCGAUGACAACUACGGUUUCUCAGGAAGAGAAGCCCGAAGAAAAGACUGUAACUCCCCCAGAGACAGUGAGCCCUUCGUCAACUGAAUGCAGGUAAGUGCAUCAUGCUUUGAAAUACUGUUAUAUUAGUUGUACUGUUAUACUGUUAAAGGACACUAUAGUCACCAGAACAACUACAGCUUAUGGUAUUUGUUUUGGUGAGUAUAAUCAUUCCCUUCAGGCUUUUUGUAGUAAUCACUGUAUUUUUAGAGAAAAGACAGUGUUUUAUAAGUGGUAUAUACCAAUUUUAGUUGGGUUUUCAUUUAUAAUUGAAAAACUUGAUCCGUCAGUGGAUAUCCUAUUCUGGUAGCAUAUUAGAGUGACACUGUAGGCCCUAUCGCCAUGUACAUAGUUACAUAGGCUGAAAAGAGACUUGCAUCCAUUAAUUUCAGCCUUUCUCACAUCUGUUUUUGCUGUUGAUCCAAAAGAAUGCAAAAAACCCAGUUUGAAACGCUUUACAAUUUUUUUUCAACAAAUUAGGGGGGGAGAUCCUUCUUAUCACCAGAUUGGAAGUCCGAUCUCUCCUUGAAUCAAGAAGCAGUUUCCCCGCCUAUUAAAAAUGUAUAUCCUUGAAUAUAUUUUUGCAUGUAUUCUUCUAGUUGCUGUUUGAACAUCUGUACAGACUAUGAUAAAAACACAUCUUCAGGCAGAGAAUUCCAUAUCCUGAUUGUUCUUGCAAUAAAAAAAAAAUCCUUUCAAUUGCCUUUGACUAAAUCUCCUUUCUUUCAGUCUAAAUGUGUGACCUUGUGUCUUAUAUAUUCCUCUUUGUUUCCAGGUGAUAGUUUGUAUUGGCCUCGAAUAUUAUAUUUGUAAAAUGCUAUUAUAUCCCCUCUGAGGUGCUGUUUUUCUGAACUAAACAGAUUUAAAAUUUGUUAACCUUACUUCAUAACUAAAAUGUUCAAUUUAUUUUAUUAAUUUUGUAGCCCGUCUCUGCACUUUUUCUAGUGCCAUUAUAUCCUUUUUUUAGAACACGUGCCCAAAAUUGCACAGCAUAUUCAAGGUGUGGUCUUACCAGUGAUUUAUUAGGAGGCAAAUUAUAUUUUCAUUCUGAGAAUUAAUGUCACCUUUUUUAUACAGGACAAUAGCUUACUGGCUUUAACUGCUAAUAGAAAUUGUGCAUUGUUGCCUAGUUUGUCUGUAACAAUUCCCAAAUCCUUCUCAUGUGUUAUCCCUAAUUCACUUUUAGGGUGUAUGUUGCUUGUGCAUUCUUUACCCCAAAGUGCAUAACUUUGCAUUUUUCUGCUAAUCAGCCAUUUCAGUGCUCAGUCCCCCAAUAUAUCUAAAUUCCUCUGCAGCAAAAUAAUAUCCUGCUCACAUUGUAUUACUUUGCAGAAUUUUGUGUCAUUUGCAAACACUGAAACACAAAUUUCAAUGCCUAUUCAAGAUCAUUUAUAAAUGUUGAAUAGAUUCGGUCCCAGAACAGCACCCUGAAGGACACCAUUUAUACCACUGGCAGAGGAUAUUCAUUUUCUUGUAGCCAUACAAAUUUAUACCAGCAAUGGGUGUACUGAUAGGCUGAAAUGGGUCAGCUGACACCCUCAGACAUUCAUUACAAUUGCUGCUCAGGCUAAUGCUUCCUUAUCAUCCCAAGCAGUCAGAGAUUGUAAAUUUGGCAUUAAACAUUAAAUACAGUUUAUUGAUGAAUAGAAGGAUUACAUCAGGGGACUCCAGCACUAUAACCACUUCAAUAAGAUGAGCAGAUACUAGUGUGAGGGAUAAAAAUUAUAAGGUUUAUAAUGUCCUGUUCUUUUAGCAUACUUUUAGCAUAAAGCUGCUUAUACUGAAUGAGACAUGCUAUACUGGCAUAUAUUUGACAAGAUGGCCUAGAAUCUAUUGAAACUAUUUUAAUGCGUUUCACAAGCAGAUUGGCAAACUUAAAAAUUUAAAAGUCUGUAUUCUCUCUCUCUAGUUUAUCAACUGAUUCUUCUCGGCCAUCUCUUUUUGAGGAUGCCACAAGCGCACUUGGUAAGCACGAUAACAUUGUGGGGCUUUUUUUUCAAAUGAGCAACCUCAUUUGUCUGAUGAUAAGACUCUUUUAAAAUGGACCAGUGUUUCUUAAUGAUAUUUUGUCUACCAAAAUACUAAUGUCCAUUAUGAGAUGCUAAUUUUAUCCGAGUGGCCCCAAACAAGUUUUGUACUGUCACCUUGACAUCAUUACUCAACAAAGUAUUAAAGUGGCCAAUCUUUGUAUCUCAAUAGAUUGUUUCUGCAAAAGAUCUAAUGCAUGGGUGAACAAACGUUAAUGACAUGGGAAUCUACUUUUUCACAGUCAUGUUAGUGAGAUCUACUAUCUCAUAAGCACAGCACUAACAACGUCAAUCCAAGUGAACUUCUAUAUAACCAGCAUUUUUAUUUUACUUGGGAAGGGGCUAUGUACUAUCUCUAGUUGCCUCGUAUAUUAAAUGACAAAGCACCUAUCACACUGUAUUUACUUACAGUAGUCCCCAAAAUUUCAUUUACAAAUGCAUAUCUACAAUUUAACUUGAAUAUAAAUUACACAGGUCUUAUCUCAGACUUGGGCAUUCUCACACACUGAUGUGUGCCCCCAGCAGCCUGUACUCUAUGCUCAAUAUUCAUGCAUUUUAAGUGUACUCUUUUUUUGUCUUUUUUUUUUUUUUUUUAAACCUUAAUUUUUCUAUGCUGUUAAGUGACAGGCCAGUCCUAUGAAAAUAUGGUCACAGAGAUAAUGUCAAUGGGAUAUGAGCGAGAGCAAGUGAUAGCAGCACUGAGAGCUAGUUUCAAUAACCCAGACAGAGCUGUUGAAUACCUUCUGAUGGUAAGUUGUAUUUAAAAUUAUGAUUAUUUAUGCAAGAACGUGUGUUUUAUCCUUACCAAUACACAUCUAUUUGCCUCUCUGACUCCUAUGGUAGCGAGCUGAUCUAAAGCAUAUACUGGAGGAGCAGCGGGAUGCUGAUGUGGUGACAUUGUUGGUACAGUUGUUUGUCCAUACUAGCCUGUAAAGUGCUUUACAUGAACACCUACAUAUUCAUUACUCCAACACAUAUUCAUGUGCUCUUUGAUUCCAUUAAUUUUUAACUGUAUAUUAUUGAAAUACAGAUGCCUUCUUGAAGACACACCUCUUCACAAAAGUGUGUGCCAUUUCAGACCUCAAUGCCCACAUUCCUCUAAGUCCACAUCUUCUGUCCAUACUCCUUUCAGAUUCCUGCACUUGUACACUUGUGUAUCCAUCAUCUCUACUCCUCCUGCCUGUGCAACUCCACUCACCCAGUUUAUUACAAAUGUUAGCAUUUCUCUUAUUGUUUGGUAAAUGCAUUUUUUUUUUCUUGUGUGAACCCUUGAUCAUUUAUAAAAUACAGUGUGAAAGUAUUUUUUAUAAAGAAAGAAUUGUUAAAUAUCAGGUUUGUUUACUGUUAAACCACUUGAAACACAGGUGUCAUUAACAAAUAUGUAGUAGACUUAAAGGUUUACUCCAAGCACCAUGUCCACUUCACUGAUUUGAAGGCGUCAUAGUGCCUGGAGUUUGUGUGUAGCGCCCUUUAGCUGCCAGAGGUAUAACUCCACCUCUGGCAGCAUAUUAGCCAGCCCAGAACUAAGAAAGAAAGCACGUUGUAAGCAGAGAACUUGUCAAUGGCAAUAAGUUUUUGUGGAUUUGGGGGGGGAUGGUUCAUUUAUUUAUUUAUUGGUGGAUAGCUUCCUCUAACAAAAGUGUUUUAUGAAAACUCUGGCUUUUGGUUGGAGUAACCCUUUAAAGAAACUCUAUUUACCAAAGGUGUGUCCUAAAAGCUUACUGUUUGUUAGCUGCAGCUAAUGAAAUGACAUACCUACUCCUUAUCCAGUAAUAAUUUCCUUUUUAGUGCCGGACAUUGCCAAUCCAAAGCUUCCCAGAAAGAUAAGGUGGCUUUGAGAUUUAUAAAUUUGUAUUGUAUAUUAAAAAAAACAAAAGAAAUCAUACUUUUUGUGCUAUGUUAGAUCAUAAGUACUCUUUUAAGUAUUCAUGUUAUAUACCGAUUAAAUGGUGACUUGCUAUACAAAGCAGUUGUGGAUUAAAAUUCUUACCAUGCUCUCCCAACCACAGGAUAAAUUUGUACCCUCUGAUCUCAGUACUUUAUAGGGGGAAAAUAGAGCCUAUUCACAUUUCUUUUUCUGGGUAAAACAUACUGCUAAACAUCCUGUGUACUGUGGCCAGAUGCAAAAGUUGCACAGAACUGAUACUGCCAGACAGGAAAAGUAUAAAGGCAGGCUUACUGAAGGCUCAGGUAGGCAGUUUUAUUCGUGGGGUAAAAAGGUUUUUAUCUUUGUAAUUAAACUUUAAAAAAAAAUAAAAAAUUAAGGGUGAGGUGGUGCAGGACCAAAGUCUUUAAGCAUCAUAACCAUGUCAUCUUACAUAAGUGGUUAUGAUGCAGAGUGACCUUUUAGCUAGUGGUUAUAUUCUUUUUUUGUUUGUUUGUUUGUUUUGUUUUUUUGCAAUAAACAUUUCAAUUACCUGUAUUUUUUUUUUCUCUUUUCCAAUUCAACAUUGCAUUAAUUUUUUAUUUUUUAUUUUAAUAUUUAGGGUAUACCUAGUGAUCGAGAAGGCCAAGCAGUUGAACCUCCUCAAACUCUUAGCACUGCUCCUACUCAGCCUCUUCCUGUAGCUGCAGGGGCAGCAGCAACUACUACUACACCUACCACACCUUCAACCGGAGGUGAAUAUGCAUUAGUAGAUAUGUGUAUUCCAUUAAUUUAACAAUUUUAUAUUCCUUCUUUAUAUUUAGAAAUUCUAAAAACAUGCUGCCAUAUUUCCUAGUUUGUCUUUAGUUUUAUCUUGAUUGUAUGAGCAUCUUAAUAAAUAAUAAAUAAUAAAAAUAUAAGGUUGUCAAGUUUUCAGUUAGGGACGGUUGAGCUGAUGUGUCUCAAUGGGAAAAGGAAAGUAAGACACAUCACUCUUGUAGUCUGAGUGCUGGUAUUUUAUCUGGCCAGUAUUUUAUCUGUUGCUUAAUGCAUACUUACAACUAUUUAUAUAAAGCCAACAUAUUUGAAAUUUGCACACACUUAAAUUGAGAACUAAAAGUUAGCUCUUGCUUAUGCUAAUCUUAAAAAACAAAACAAAAAACAACCCAUUGAUUUAGCUUUUUAUUUAAAUUCCAUUUUAGGCACCACAUUUAAAUAGUUAGCCACUGCCGAAGAAAAUGCUGAGCAGUCAUAUGGUCAUACAGAAUUUCUAUGUAGAUGCCCAAAUUUAUCCAAGGCAUUAUAGUGCACCUAAAUUUUCCACAACGCAGAAUAGCAGAGUUUUGUGGGAUCGGAAUGCCCCACUUUGCAGUUUUUUUUCUGACAUUAUGUAUAUGAAUCCAAAGACAAUCUGGGUACACUAUUGACACAUUGCUUCACAGUUUGGGUUUUAUGCGCCACCGUGUCAGCGGUAUAUCAGUUUACUAUAUAUGAAAAGAUGCACACCUUAGUUAAUAAUCCAAAUCUCUUAAUUAUACAAAGUAAAUCAAACAAAAAUACAAUACAAACACUGUUACAAGACUAUACCAACCAGCGACAGAGGCUAUAAAAUAUGUUCUAAAUCAAACAGGCAUAAAAGCUCAUUUGCAUAUUACCUCAAAGGGCUGGACACGUGUACAGAACAAAACCCCAACUAUUCGGCACAGCUACUAGUGCCUAGGUCAUGGGAUGGUUAUAAGUAAGGUAUGCAUCUUUUUGUAUAUAGUAAUAUGUUUGUCAUUAAGGGAUGACCCUUUAAGAUGGCACCCGUAGAUGUUAUGUGAAUUGCAGCCACUUUCCAAUUGAAUUUGCUUAGCAGUAUAUCGGUAUCCACAAGAUCCAUGGUAUGCCUACCAUCCAGAAAAAAAAACAAUUGUUUAGUUAAAUAUAUAAAAUAUACCAUUUUAAUUACAUUGUAUCAAUCUAAAAAUCUUGAUUUGUGAGUAAUGUCAAUGUUUUAUGUACAUUAUUUAUUCAUUUAUUUUAUUUCUAGGAAAUCCCCUUGAUUUCUUGCAGAAUCAGCCUCAAUUUCAGCAGAUGAGGCAAAUAAUUCAACAAAAUCCUUCUUUGUUGCCGGCACUUCUACAGCAGAUUGGACGUGAGAAUCCGUCACUAUUGCAGGUAAUUUUCAAAUUGUUUAUUUAAAGUUGGAGUACUGAAACUUAAAAGUGCAUACUGAGUAUCAGCAGAACAUAAGUGCAUUUUAAAUUUUUAUUUAGCCUUAUAAGCAGUGUUUUCUCUGUUUUUUUUACCUUUUUAUUUCUUUAUUUUUUUACAUUAUAGUGUGUAGCACAGCCAUUGAUUGAGAGAGAGAUCAGAUAGAGCUGCUUGCCUCACUCUACCACACAGCCAGUCACUGUCCUUUAAAGUUGUGCUAAUUAAAAAGGGAACAGAUAGGACAGCUUUACUCACAAUGAUUUCUCAUUGGCUGAUCUAAGUACUCAUAAUAAAGUUUCUUUGUGAAAAUAGGUGUUGUGGCUUAGGGGGCAGAGUUACACUGCAAAACCAUCAAAGCUUGUCAUUUUUACAUAUUCGUUCUCCCCUCCACUUCCUACUAGCUUUUCCGUCCCUCCCUCCGCAUUAAUAUGAGGCCAAAACCAUAUGCAUUAAAGUUGGGUUAGUGAAUGGAGUGUGCUUCUAAGUAGGGGGUUUAUACUACAGAUAAAAUACGACAUAUGUUAUUUAUAAGAAGAGUCUUAAUCUCUCCAGUCAGAGUACAAUGUUCGCUAAAAAUAAAACUAAAUGAAAAAUAAUGGUGCAGACUAUAUUAUAUUAAAAACUGGAUAUAUUUAGCAGAUUUGUAAUUGUGUAAACUAUUUACCCAAAAGCCCAGGCUGGCAGGAUCAGGUAAGUAUAACAUACUCCUUCCUGUACAAGUGUGGACUCCCAGGUCACAAUAUACGUCCCAUAGAUUUUUUUAUUUUUUUUUUAAAAGAAACAACUCCUGUUUUAUUCACAAAAAAAUGUUUACAUUUUUUGUGAAUACAUUUUGGAGAUUUUAUCCAUGGGACCUAUCCUAUACAUUUAUAGAGAUACUUGAUGGAUUCAGUUAUAUGCUAACCUUUCAACAUGAGACAUCAUUGAGGCAUGGUUCCAAUUAUGAUGAUGUGGGGUUUUUUUUGUUUUGUUUUUUUACUGUUGAUACAUAUUAUAUAGAACCUAAAAUCUGCACACCAGUCAAACCAUAAGACUUGCUUUUCCCACAGAAAUCACAAAUCUGCAGUGAUGUUACUACCGCAAAGGAUACUGGGUGGGCAUAUGCAAAUUAGUUUAACAAAGAAUCACAUUUUUGUCUCAUUCCAUUUUAAACAUGGAUUCCUUUUACUGUGUUUGAUGUAUACAACAGCUUUGAAACACAACUUAGGAAAAGAUGUGAAGAUAAAUUUAUUUAUUUUGUUUUUAUUUUUUUGGCACAUUGUAUGUUGAUUGGAGGGAUAUUUAUGUAUUGAUUUAUUUUACGUAUUUUGGGCUUUGCUGGAGUAACAUUAAACUUAUGGGGAUGGGGAUUCAGAUCCUUCUUUUAUAUUGGUGCCAUUUUUGGUCAUUUUUUUUUUAAUGCAGAUAAAGCUGCCAUACUAAUGCAAUUGAGGGUGUAGUUUGUACCUUAGUGAGAGGUCACAUUUUAUUAUAGAAUUUGUUGAGUGUUUUAUGGGUGUUAACCUCUCUGGUUUUUGUGUAUUUUCAUUUUAUGUGUAUGACAGCAAAUUAGUCAACACCAGGAACAGUUCAUCCAGAUGUUAAAUGAUCCAGUCCCUGAAUCAGGUGGGCAGAGUGGAGGAGGAGGUGGCAGUGGUGGAAGAGGCGUAGCUGCUGAGGCUGGAAGUGGUCACAUGAACUACAUUCAAGUUACACCUCAGGAAAAAGAAGCUAUAGAGAGGGUAAGUGGUUGGUUUUAUUUAUUUAUGUUUUGAAUGAAGAUGAAUCACACAGAUAUAAUGUAUUUGGCCUUGUUAUCGAUGCUUACCUGAUCCAUACUGUAAGUAAAGUGAUUUCGACUAUACUACUUGUGUGAGCUGUUAGAAAAUAAGAGGUUGUUCAAAGAUUAUAUGGUUUGUAUAUAUUGUGGAUUUUUACUUCUUGGAUAACUGAAAGUGCAUUAAGCAAUGCCUUGCAUUGCAUGACUUAGCUCAGUUAACAAUGUUCAGCAUUAGUGGUGGAGAGGAAUGCGUGGCCGACAUCGGCUCAGAAGUCAAACCAGUUAAAAUGCGUUAUGGUGUUUGAAGUGUUCCUUAACGUUGAUUAACACAGAAAAUUACAACUUUACUCCUUGUGUAUGAACACUGAAUGACCGUAAAUCUUUUUAAACAAGAUUGGUGUUGCUUAAAUUAACAAUUUAACUUUUUUUUAACCCCUUAAGGAUGGCGGGUGUUCUAUGCCAUCCUUGGGGACCUGGUCCUAAACGCCAGCGGGCGGCACAGAACGUCCCUGCAAUCCUCUUCACUUACCCAGCCGCCGGCGAUCGCUGUGGGGGGGACUCACCUGGCAUCCAUGGGAGUCCCCCUGCUUCCAUUCCGGCCCUCCUGGGCCAUGUGACCGCGAAGUCCUUGCGAGGACUUCACGAUCACAUGGACGGCACAGCCGUCCAUGGCAAUGCCAGCGGGGGGAGUGCCUGUAAUGACAGGUACUCCCCCUGCUGCCUGUAAUUGGUAAAAAAAAAAAAAAGAAAAAAGUUUAAAACACAGUUUAAAAUAAAAUAUAUACUUGGAUUAUAUAUAUAUAUAUAUCCUUGUUUGAAGUGCACUCACAGGAUUCAGAAUUAUUUCAAAUCGUGCUGUUUAUUCAAAGCAUCAAAUUUCCAGUAAAUGGUGUCAACGUUUCAGUCCUACAGGGACUUUUCUCAAGACAAUUUAAUAGUGUGACUCAUUACAUUUAAAUAUACAUUGUGAAGAGUUGAUUGGAGGGUGAAAGGAUGAAAGUGAGGUUCAUUGAAUCAUAUGGAAUGUGUAUCACAUGUGUAAUCAUGAAUUACAAAUAGCAAUAGCUGUUGCUAAAGUGAAUCAUUCAUUAAAUAUGUGAUAUAGAGUGAACUACUCAAAACAAAUAAAAAAAAAAAAAAAUAUAUAUAUAUAUAUAUAUAUAUAUAUAUAUAUAUAUAUAUAUAUAUAUAUAUAUAUAUAUAUAUAUAUACGUAUGUACUUUCGAGUAUAAGCGAGUUUUAGAAGCGCAUUUUUAUGCUGAAAAACCCCAACUAAACUUAUACUGAGUCACUAUCUGUAUUAUGGCAAUUUACAUUGCCAUAAUACAGACUGGGGGCUGGCAGAGCUGUUACUUACCUCUCCUGCAGCUCCUGUCAGCUCUCUCCUCCUCAGCGCCGGUCCGGUCAGCACCUCGGUCAGCUCCCAGUGUAAGUCUCGCGAGAGCCGCGGGGUCAUAGUGCGGCUCUCGCGAGACUUACAGUGUGAGCUGAGAGAGGAGCUGCACGGACCGGCGCGGAGGAGGAGAGAGCUGACAGGAGCUGCAGGAGAGGUAAGUAACAGCUCUGCCAGCACCCUCCUCCCCCCACUGAACUGCCAAUGCCACUGGACCACCAGGGAAGGAGAGCCCCCCUCCCUGCCAUGUAUCAAGCAGGGAGGGGGGACAACAAAAUAAAUACAUUAAUGAUUUAUAAAUAAAAAUAAUAAUAAAAUAAAUAAAAUAAAAAAUAAUAUAACAAAAAAAUUAAAAUAAUAAUUUUUUUAUAUAAAAAUGCCCACCCCCCACCAAGGCUCUGCAACACAAACACACACUGCACCACACACACACACACACACACACUGCAUUCAUACACACACACUGCACUCAUACACACACCCUGCACUCAUAAACACACACACUACAUUCAUACACACACACUGCACUCACACACACACUGCACUCACACACACACUGCACUCACACACACACGCUGCACUCAUACACACACGCUGCACUCAUACACAAACGCUGCACUCAUACACAAACGCUGCAUUCAUACACACACACUGCACUCAUACACACACUGCAUUCAUCCACACACACUGCAUUCAUCAUAUACACACACUGUAAAUAAAUAUUCAAAUAAUAUAAUUUUUUUAAGAUCUAAUUUUAUUUAGAAAUUUACCAGUAGCUGCUGCAUUUCCCACCCUAGUCUUAUACUCGAGUCAAUACGUUUUCCCAGUUUUUUGGGGUAAAAUUAGGGGCCUCGGCUUAUAUUCGGGUCGGCUUAUACUCGAGUAUAUACGGUAUAUAUAUAUAUUUUUUUUUUUUUUUUAUAUAUACAACAAAAAAACAAUGUUAUUAACCCCAUAUAAAGUACACGUGAGGGCUCAGAGUGAUAGGUGCAGAAUGCAUGACUCAUGCUCUAGUAUAUAAAAAAAAUAAAAUAAAAAAAAAUCUCAAUCAUAGAAAGUCUAACACCCACACUCCGGGUCCUAAACGUGUAACAGCAUCAGGGAUAUAGCUCCAAACCAGGGUAAACUAUAAUGUAACAACACAGAAUAUGACAAUAGCACUAGAAAAUUGCUAGAAUUAUGCAUCAAUACAAUAGCAUGUAAGUAAAAAAUCCACGAUUAACUAUAAAAAUUAAUGCUAGGCAUGCACAAUAGAAUGUCGAAAAGAUGAGUGUAUAAAAUUAACUUGUAGUAAGAUGGUAAAUAAUGUAACUUAUCCCAUAGAGGGCAGGCCAUUACACAUAAAAGGAUACAUGUCUCUACAGUAUGGGUCGUCAACCUGGUCCCUACCGCCCACUAGUGGGCGUUUCAGGAUUCCAGGUGGGUGGUAGGGAUUUUCUAAUUUUGAGAGACUGGGUGGGCGGGUGCAAACUGGCGGUACCCCUGCGACCAGGUACCGCCAUCACCAUUUGCGGUCCCGGCCCGCGCGGCAAACUGCCGGGGCCGUGUAUGGAGGGUUCCAUCGGGUGGCCCAUGCUGUCAGGGCCACCCGAUGGAUGUGGAUUGUAAGGGGUCCCGGUCAGCGCUGCGCGCUUAAACAACGCAACCGGGCCCCCUGUGAUUACAUCACCAAGCUGGGAGGAAGUGACUGCACGUCACUCCUCCCAGCUAACACUGAGAGCCGCGCAGGAGGAAGACCAGGCAGUCAGAGUGGGAACUCUGACUCCCAUCCACCUGAGCCACCACUGAACCAUAGGGAAGGUCACCCUCCUGCACCUUAAAGGUAGGAAACAGGAGGGUGACUAAAAUAUUUUGUUUGUUUCUGUGUGUGUCUUUGUGUGUAUGUGUGUCUUGUCUUUGUAUGUAUGUGUUGUGUGUGUGUGUGUGUGUGUGUGAGUGUUGUAUGUGCCUGUGUGUGUGUGUGUCUGUAUUUAUGUGUGCCUGUCUUUAUACUGGGCUAUAGUAAGUAAUAGUCAGUGGCAUACCUAGCUCAGCCUUCCUACUGGGCAUUGCUAUAAGGAAGAUUAAAAAAGUUUUAAAAAAAAAUAGGGGAAUGGUGGGUGCGGGGGGGCGGAAAGGUGAGGAGGGGAGCUGACGCACAAAUGAGAAAUCAUAUUAUGCGCAAAUAGAGAAGUCGUCUGACUAUCACCGAAAGAGGAGACCUUCGUUUGUUCCUUACGAAAAUCGAACCAGAUAUCAAAUAUUUAGUCUUGCAGCAUCAAGCUCAAGGAUCUCAUUAAUCACUAGUAAAGGUAACUUCAAUUUACUUUAUUGUUUUCUCAUUAAACUUUAUAAAGUUAAAAACAUUAUAAACAUGCAUUAAGUAGAAAUAAAAAGAUAAAUGUACGUACAUUUUUUUUUUUUUUUUUAAACUCCCUCCUUUUCUGCACUUGCGCGAAAACUGGUGGGCGGUAAGGACAUUUUUUUUUCAACCAAAAAGAUGCAUUAGUGGGUGGUAGGUAGAAAAGGGUUGACUACCACUGCUACAGUAUUAUUCAAUUAUUAUAUAUGAAUUACAAUAAGGGUAUAUCUACUAAGUGUUACAUAUUGUGUAGGACAAAAUCUAUACUCUGGAUAACAUGUCAAUCAGUUAUCCUUGGGGGCUCAGAGUGAUAGGUGCAGAAUGCAUAACACAUGUUAUAGUGUACAAAAUCACAAUCACAUUAAGUCUAUAAGCACCUACACUCUGGGUCCUAAACGUGUUACAGCAUCGGGCAUAUGGCUCAAAAACAGGGGAAACUAUAAUGUAGCAACACAGAAUAUGACACUGACACUAGAAACCUAUUAGAAUAUUGCAUCAGUGUUAUGCAAUAACGUGUCCAUUAAGUAUCCACGAUUACGUAUAACAAUGGAUGCUAGACAUGCGCAAUGGAAUGCUGAAAAGAUGGAUGUAGGCAAUUAACUUGUAGUAAAGAGAUAACUAAUAUAGCCUCUCCCAUAAGGGGCAGGCUAUUACACACAAGAGGAUACAUGUCUCUAAAACAUUGUUCGAUUACUAUAUACAGAUAACAAAUAGGGUACAUCUACUAAAUGUCACAUAUUGUAUUGGACAAAAGCUAUGCUCUGGAUAACAUAUCAAUAAGUUAUCUUCUUGGCAGGAAACAAAGUGGAUUCUUCUCCUUUAAUCCUUAGGGAGACAUUGUGUCCAAUGUAUAAAUCCAAAAAGCCUCUCUGUCACGAUUGCCACCCGUGGAAGGUUCAGGGACGUGGUCUAUCCCCAUGAAUCUAAGCGAAGGUAGUGGAUGCCCCAUCUCCAGAAAGUGCCAAGCUACUGCGGUACUCGCACUUCUAUUUUGUAGUGCCACCCGUGUGGCUGACCGAUGUCCUCUCAUUCUUUUCCGGAGAUCAUUAGAUGUUUUGCCCACAUACACCAAUCCACAAGGGCACACGAUCUGAUAAACCACAAAUUUAGUAGUACAAGUAAUUCUAUAUCUUCUUUUAAACUUCUUGCCAGAUCUAGAGUGAAAGCACUAAAGAACACAAAGAACUCAGAACUGUAUAAGUGUAUUUUAAUAUAUAUAAUUAUAUAUAUAUUAAUAUCAAAAUACACGUACAAUGUUAUAUAAUAUAAAAAAAGUAAAUACGUUUUUAAAAUAAAUAAAAAAAUGUGUGUAAUUUCAUUCUGUAUUUUUAUAUAUGUGUGCGUGUGUGUAUAUGUAUAUAUAUAUUUCUCAAAAUACAUGAACGAAAUAUAUAUAUAUUCAUAAGUGUAUAUAUACACCUAUCUAUGAAAAAAUGUGUGUGUAUAUGUAUGUAUGUCCUGAUGAAAGCUCCCCAGUGGAGCUGAAACGUCGAAUUUUUCUUCCGCAAUAAAUGGAGAAGUUAUCUUCUGGAAAACCUAGAGUGCUGGUAUUUUCACUUUGUACAUAUAUAUAUUCUAUCCAGAUAGCACUCUCUGGACUGUUGAAUCUAAUAAAACUUAGCUUUUAAUGAGCUUAUAAAAAAAUAAUCUUUUUUAUAAGCUCAUUAAAAGCUAAGUUUUAUUUGAUUCAACAGUCCUGAGAGUGCUAUCUGGAUUCCUUUUUACAUUUUGCUUGACAAGCACCGGGCAAGUAUAUUCUAAUUAUAUAGAGUGCAGGAUUAUUUUUCUUGAGAUAUAUAUAUAUAUAUAUAUAUAUAUAUAUAUAUAUAUAUAUAUAUAUAUAUAUAUAUAUAUAUAUAUAUAUAUAUAUAUAUAUAUAUUAAUUCUACGUAUAUAUUUAUGUAAUAUUUUUACAUAAUUAGGUCAUUUUAUUAAUUACAAUUUGCGGGACCUGCCUUACAACCCAGGCUGAAAGUAUAGGGAAUUUCAUGUGCUAGCACUAUAUUUAACCCUAUAACUUUCCAAGACACCAUAAAACAUGUACAUGGGAGGUACUGUUUUACUCGGGAGACUUUGCUGAACACAAAUAUUAAUGUUUCAAAACAGUAAAAUGUAUUAGAACGAUGAUAUCGUCAGUGAAAGUGGCGUUUUUUUGCAGUUUUCAUUCACAAACGGCACUUACACUGAUAUUAUUGCUGUGAUACUUUUUAAUGUUUUGAAACACAAAUAUUUGUGUUCAGCAAAGUCUCCCGAGUACAACAGUACGCCUCAUGUACAGGUUUUAUGGUGUUUUCAAAAGUUACAGCGUCAAAUAUAAGGCUUGUUUCAUUUUUUUCACAUUAAAAUUUGCCAGAUUGGGUACAUUGCCUUUGAGACCCUAUGGUAGCCCAAGAAUGAAAAUUACCCCUAUGACGGCAUACCAUUUGCAAUAGUAGACAACCCAAAGUAUUGCAAAAGGGGUAUGUCCAGUCUUUUUUAGUAGCCACUUAGGCACAAACACUGGCCAAAAUUGGCAUUUUUUGCAUUUUUCACACACAAACAAAUACUAACGCUAACUUUGGCCAGUGUUUGUGACUAAAUGGCUACUAAAAAAGACUGGAUAUACCCCAUUUGCAAUACCUUGGGUUGUCUACUAUUGCAAAUGGUAUGCCAUUAUGGGUGUAAAUUUAAUUCCUGGACUACCAUAAAGUCCCAAAGGCAACGUAACCAAUCUGGCGAAUUUCAAUUUCAAAUGUAACGUGCUAUAUUUGACCCUGCAACUUCCCAAAAGCCAUAAAACCUGUACAUAGGGGGUACGGUUUUACACGUGAGACUUUGCUGAAUACAAAUGUGUAUUUUAUUGCAGUAAAAGCAAACAGUAUUAUGACAUUGACCGUUAAAAUGUCAUGUAGAACUAAAAAAAUUUAAAAAAAAUAUUUUCUCCCAUUUUUUUCAUAUUAAAUUAUGUUUCAUAGCUAAAUAUUUGAUAUUAAAUGAAAGCCCUGUUUCCCCUGAAUAAAAUGAUAUAUAAUAAGGGUGGGUGCAUUUACUAUGAAAGAGGUGCAUUACGGUUGGACAGACAUGUAGCGCAAAUGCCAGGUUUUGUUUACAUUUUGUUUCGUUCACAACGUGUACAUUUGGCUCCGUCCUUAAGGGGUUAAGUGCACCCACACUUAUUAUAUAUUAUUUUGUUCAGGAGAAACAGGGCUUUAAUUUAUCAUUAACCAUUCAUAUAUGGAACAUAAUUUAUUAUGAAUAAAAUUUUUAAAAAUGUGAGAAAAUAAGAUUUUUUUUAUUUGUAUUUCCGUCUGACAUUUUAGCUGUUAAUGUCAUAAUACUGUUAGGUUUUACUGCAAAAAAAAUGCACAUAUUUGUAAUCAGCGAUAUCUCACGAGUACAAUAGUACCCCCCAUUGACAGGUUUUAUGGUGUUCUGGAAAGUUACAGGGUCAAAUAUAGAACCUUCCAUUUUCAAAUUGAAAUUUGCCAGAUUAGUAAUGUUACCUUUGAGACGGUGUGGUAGCCUAGGAAUGAGAAUUAUCCCCAUAAUGGCAUACCAUUUGAAAAAGUAGACAACCCAAGGUAUUGAAAGUGGAGUAUGUUUAGUCUUUUUUAGUAGCCACUUAAUCACAAACACUGGCCAAAGUUAGCGUUCAUAUUUGUUUUUGUGUGAAAAAAGCAAACUAAUAUUUGGCCAGUGUUUGUGACUAAAUGGCUACUAAGAAAGACUGGACAUACCCCACUUGCAAUACCUUAGGUUGUCUACUUUUGCAAAUGGUAUGCCAUCAUGGGGGUAAUUCUCAUUCCUGGGCUACCAUACGCUCUCAAAGGCAACAUAACCAAUCUGGUAAAUUUCAAUGUAAAAAAAAAAAUGAAAUGCAAGCCUUAUAUGUGACUCUCUAACUUUCCAAAACACCAUAAAACCUGUACGGGGGGGUACUGUUAUUCUCGGGAGACUUCAAUAAACACAAAUAUUAGUGUUUUAAAACAGUAAAACAUAUUACAACAAUAAUAUAGUCCAUAAAAGUGCCGUUCGUUUGUAAAAAAAAAAAUAAAAAUAAAAAAUGCCAAAAACGUCACUUUUACUUAAAAUAUCAUUGUUGUAAUACAAUUUAUCAUUUUGAAACACUACUAUUUGAGUUCAGCAAAGUCUCCCGAGUAAAACAGUACCCCUUAUGUACAGGUUUUAUGGUGUCUUGGAGAGUUAAAGGGUCACAUAUAGUGUUUGCGAAUUAAAUUUUCUGCACUUUCUCUGUGUUGUCAGGCAUGUCAAUCAAAUUUUAAUUAAUCAAAUAACAUAAUUAUGUUAAAAGAUUACUUAAAUAUACACGUAGAAUUUUAAUAUAUACGUGUAUACUAAUGUAAUCUUUUAUGUAAUUGUGUAUGUGUGUAUGUAUAUGUAUAUGUGUAUGUAUGUAUAUAUAUAUAUAUAUAUAUAUAUAUAUAUAUUUUUUAAGUGUAUUUUGAUAUAGAUUAUAUAUAUAUAUAUAUAUAUAUAUAUAUAUAUAUAUAUAUAUAUAUAUAAAAUACAGUUAGAAUGAAAUUACAUAUGAAAUAUAUUAUUUUUAUUUAUUGUAAUUAUACGUGUGUGUGUGUAUAUAUAUAUAUAUAUGUGUGUAUAUACAUAUAUAUCAUCAUUCUAAGUGUAUUUUAAUACUAAUAUAUGUACUUAUAUUAAUAUUAAAAUACACUUUGCAUGACGUUACGUGUGUGUGUGUGUGUAUAUGUGUGUGUGUAUAUAUAUAUAUAUAUUUUUUUUUUUAUUAUUUUUAUUUUACACAUGUUUAAUUUUUUUUUAUUUUAUUUUUUUACACUUCCCACCAGCAGGGGGACUGUCUGGCAAUUCAGGCAGUCCCCCUGCUAGCAGAUCCACAGCCAGCUAUAGGGGGCCAUGUGAUCGCUCUUUGAAAGAGAUCACAUAGCCCCCGGGGCCUCAUUUGCUGGGGGAGGGCUGCCUGAGCUGUCAGGCAGCCCUCCAGGAGAGAUUCGCGGCGGAGGUAAAUACGCCGGACCUCCAGGGGCUGCAAGCAGUUACGGCGUUCUAUGCCGCCGCAACGGCUUUAAAGCCCACUUAAUGCGGGACGGCGUUAAGUGGUUAUCCUUAAAGUUGAUCAACACAGAAAAUUGCAACUUUACUCCUUGUGUAUGAACACUCAAUUACCGUAAUUCUUUUUAAAGGGACACUCCAGGCUCCCAGACCACUGCUGCCCAUUGGAGUGGUCUGGGUACCAACUCCCACUACACUUAACCCUGCAACUAUAAGUAUUGCAGUUUUCAUAAACUGCAAUAUUUACAUUGCAGGGUUAACUCCUCCUCUAGUGGAUGUCUACCAUACAGCCACUAAAGGGCACUUCCUGGUCUAUAGCACAGGUUUUCUGUGCUAUAGCAUUGCUGGACGUCCUCACGCUAUGUGAGGACCUCCAGUGUCGCUAAAAUCCCAAUUGGAAAGCAUUGAAAGCAUUUUCAAUGCUUUCCUAUGGGGAGGUCUAAUGCGCGUGCGCAGCAUUGCCGCGCAUGAGCAUUAGGGCUCAUCCCGCCAGCUGACGGUGGGGGCGGAGCGUUCGCGGACCUUAAACCGUCUCUGGUAAGUCACUAAAGGGGUUUUCACCCCUUCAGCAACAUGGGAUGGGGGGUGGAACGGAGAGGGGACCUGCAGUGCCCCUUUAAACAAGAUUGGUGUUGCUUAAAUGAACAAUUUAACUUUUUUUUUUUUUUUUUUAUAAAAGCUUUAAACUGUCAACAGAAUAUAUAACAGUGCAUAUGUAUUUUCUUAUCUUUUAGCUAAAAGCACUAGGAUUUCCAGAAGGACUCGUGAUACAAGCUUAUUUUGCCUGUGAGAAGAAUGAGAAUCUGGCGGCCAACUUUCUCCUACAGCAAAACUUUGAUGAUGAUUGAAAAGAAAAGACUAUAUUUUUUAUCUCACUUCACACCAGUGCAUUACACUAACUUUGCUCACUGGAUUUAAUGGGAUGAUUUGGGCUCAUAUCCACAAUAUUUGGUGUAUGGUAGAAAACAAAUGGGAGGGUGGGAGGGCUGGGGAAAUAAUGGAAAACUAGGACUUGAAUAAAUACUUAAAUCUGCUUUAAUUAAGCAGGUCAGAGUGUAUUAUGAAAGAAAAGAUAAAUAAAAAAAAAUACAACCAAAAUUCAUCUUUCAGUAGGCAGUUUUUCUCAUCUAAACACCACUUGCUAUCUUCUCUAGACCGGAUAUGUUUUUUUUUUUUUUUUCUAGUUUUCUUAGAUCCAGAAAUUUAGUGUAAUGCCCUGCUUCCUACUUUCUUUUAACAUUAACAUUUGAUUUGAACAUAGUCAGUGGUAUCAGAGAGACAAUCUGUUUCUUGGUAACACUGAAUAAUAACCUUAUUAAGUCUAGGCCUCCGUGGAAGCUUGUAAGACGUAAAUGCCAAAAUAAAAAUAGGUGAUUUAUUUGCUGCUUCAACAAGAAAUGGACACAAAAAUUUAUGAAAUUAGUGCACAGAAACAUUUUUUUACAAAAGAAAUGCUGUGAAAGUAAAUUCAGAAUCUCUCCUUCCAAUAAAUAAUAGUUACUGAUAUUUAAAAUAACCCUGAUCAUUGAGUGUGAAGUGCCCACUUUUUUCUGACCUCAAAGCUUUUUGCACAUAGGAUGCAUUUUUUUUUUCUCAUCCCCCUUUUUUUUUUUUUUUGCAGUUUAGAGGAUUGGGGAUGAUUAGCCUCUCGCUGAUUACACCAAUGUUACAUUGCAGUAUAAGUUUUAAAUGAAUUGUUGCAUGUUUUUGGUUUUGAUGAUCCACACUUGGUGUGUUAAGUAACAUUUAUUCUGUGAUUACUUUACCAUGUCAGCCACCAAUAUGUAACCUCCUUUUCCAGUCAAACCUAUUCCGUAUCAUUCAUGGACACUUUGCAUAUUUCCACCAUUUUUACAUGCUACACAUUGAAAGAGAUACAUACACCUUUAUGUAAGCAGGGCUUUUGAUCUCCUAAAAUAAUUUCAUCCCUAUAACAAAAUAGUCAAUAAAUGAGUGACCGUCCUUCUGCUUGAUGAAGCUGGCAUGGCAGAUCUUGAGAGAACACCUCCUCCGUUAAUUUUUAAAGAGGGCAUGUUUGAAAUAUAAUUAACAUUGUAAGAAUUAUAUGUGUAUGUAUUGCUUAUACAUUGGAAAUGGACAGUUAAAACAAUCAGCAAAAAAAAAUAAUAAUCCCAAAAGUUAUGCACAAUAUUAAACGUUCUCCUUGUCUAGUGUUUGUAUUUUUGUUAGGCAGAUUGCUAUACCAUUUGUUGUGUGAUUUGUUUGCAGGACAUGUUUGAUAUUUGCAAUGUGUUAAGACACAUUUCUGGAUUUGUACCCCAAAGCUUUGUUUUUAUCAUUGGAAUCAACAAUUAUUCCAUAAUACCAUGCUAUCCAGCCAUUGGAUGUCAUAUUCAGCGCUCUAGUGCCUUGACCGGGCAUAAUGACGCCCAAAAUUUAAUACUGUAAGCCAAUGACAAAACUCGUUUAGGGUUAAAUGUUGGUCACGUUCAGUUGCUUUUGCUUUUGAAUUUCUCAUUCAAAAAUAGCUCUGUGUUUUUUGUUUUUUUUUGAAUGCUAAAAGCCCAGUUUUUAUUUGCACUUUUGUCAUUGUUGCUCAUUGAAAGUACCACUCCACACCCCAAAAGCACUUCAGUUUACUGAAGUGCUUUAUUGGUGAGGAGUUCCCUAUUUUAACCCCAAUUUAUUAAAGUGCUGAUUUCUUUGAGAAUCAGCACUUUUAUAAAUUAAUUAGGGAACCCCACACCCUGGCUGUCAAACAGCCAGGGAGAAUUCCUUCCUACUUCAAUUAGCUCCCCUGAGCUAAUGGAAGUGGCAGGCACGCCCUACGAGAACGUGCCUGCCUCCCUCAGGCCAGUUCCAGACGUGCGUGCGUGUACAAGCCGUACACACGCAACAGUGUGAGCGCCUGUGCACGUGGAGACCAAGUCAGAGGCUUCUCAAUGAGAAGCCUCUGGUUAUUUCCCUGUGAAGAGACUGAAAGUCUCUUCCAGGGAAAAAGGGGGAGGGUUUACAAAGGCUGCAAUCAUAAGAAAUGCAGCUUUUGUAAGCUCUUUUAGACUACACUCCCACUAAAUACAUAAAUGCAUGUAUGUAUACAGUGGGGGUAUAUCUGCUAAACUGGGAAAAAAAAUUAGAUUUUUUUUUUUCCUCCUUGUAAGUGUGGAAUGGUCCUCUUUAAGCAAAGAUUGUUGUAAAUUUCAGAAGGCCACAAUAGCCAAAUUGAAAGCAUAGUUUCUUUGUAGACUUUUUCCUCAUGUGGCUAUUUUGGCCUACAUUUUGAAAUUCACCUUGUAUUGGCAACUCUCAUUUCAGUGAAUAACACUGUGUGCAUGUAUGUAUCCCUUCCUGUCUCUUAAAAUGUUUUCUAACUGGGAUAUAAAUACCCAG